GAACUAUGAGGCAGGUGUGCUAAUCAAUCAUCCACCAUGCCGCCAGUUUGGGGAGAUUUAAAGUCAAAACACUUUGAAGUUCUUCAGUUUAAUUAGCUGAUCGAUCCACAGCAGCGCACCCAUAGAUCUGAAUAGAAGGCUGGGUACGUUAGGGUGCUGUAGCAGUCCCGCCAAGCUUCCUGCCGAUGUGACAGCCACAUUGGUGGGGGCAACUUUACCAUCAAGAGCAAUGCAUGUACAUUGAAAAAUCAUCUUUUGGGGUUAUUUGGGAAACUAUGCAUCUGCACGGCUUGUCCGGGAUGAGUGGAACAGCCUGUGAGGCACACAACCAGACAUUUUGCCAAAAAUCACCAAAAAUCUGCUUAAAAAGGCCCAAAACUGUUUGAGGCUAAUCUAAGGCAAUGCCGAGAAUAGAAGCAACAUGGCAGCCAUAAACCAUGUGACGUAGAUUUUACCAUUGUGGAGCAGUGCGGUGAGUUCAAAGAGUGUCCAGACUUUGGUAUCUACCUAUUGUUAAAAUCUGUCAGCGCAUUUUGCUGGGGGGUAUGCAAAGUGCACUGUAAGUACGCUGACACUGGCACUCCUGUGAUAGGCCCAUUUGGGUGUCAUUCAAGUUCCUGUUGUCAUUUUUGUGUUGUGUUUUUUUACCCUUUUUCACUUUAUUGCAUCUUUUACUCGAUUGUUGUGCUCUCAAAUCUUUUUCAUUAUAUACUUUACAUGAUUAAAAACAUCAGUCUCACACAGGUUUACCCACAUAUAUUCUUAUUUCAUUUAUUUUAAAAGCCCUCAAGAGAAAAUUCCCCUGGCACUCUGCAGAGUAUUGUUGUGUUGCACACACUGAGGACCAGAUCACCCACAUGCAGGCACACAAGGGGAGAUGAAAGGUGGCAUUUAAACAGUGCUGUACCUCUUGGGUUAGUGGCGUUUCAAGACCAAUGUUACAGAGGGGACCUGCCUGGGGCCAUGUAUGAUUUUUGUCAGAAAGAAAAAUUCAACCUGCUUCUAGCUAAUAUUAGAUAACCUUACCACAAUACAAAACCAAGCAAGCCUGCAACGAUAGCCCAUUUUAUUUAUUGAGCAGGUUGCUGACAUGUUGGAUAUUUCUCACCAUAGCUAUUUGUCUAUAGUUCAAAUUAAAUAGGAAAAAAAUGAUAUUUCCAUAAAGACAAAUAACAACGAGGAGGACAUCAUGAAAGAGCCAGAUGAUGGAGCUGGAGCGAUGCAAGUUGAUAUGCCACGUGAGAGCCAGGACUUGGAAGACACUGGUUUUAAUAGAGAGAGGACAAAGAGCAGGAAAGAGAGACAGAUGAAGAACCUGAGUCUGAGAGUGAGGAGGCUGAGAGUGAGAUACAAGCAGAGUGUGAGGCACAAACAGAGAGUAUACAGUUUUUAAAGGGUGAUUUUUUUGUUUUUAUUACGAAAAAUAAAAUAUUCAAAGUUACCUGGCCCUGUGUGAAAACAUAAUGUCCCAUUAAACCUAAUAACUGAUUGGGUCACCCUCAGCAGCAAUAACUAAAAUCAAGCGUUUUCUAUUACUGGCAAUGAGUCUUUCAUAUCUCUGUGGAGAUAUUUUGGCCCACUCUUCCUUGCGGAAUUGUUUCAAUUCAGCAACAGUGGAGGAUUUUCGAGCAUUAACGGCAUUUUUAACGUCAUGUCAUAGAAUUUCAACUGGAUUAAAGUCCAGACUUUGACUAGGCCACUCCAAAAUCUUAUUUUUUAAAGCCAAUCAGAAAUGCUUCCAUCAAUCACAGAAGGUCAUCCAAGUCCUCAAGGAGUUAAGCAGUCCCAGACAAUCACACCACCACCACCAUGUUUGACUGAUUGUAUGAUGUUAUUUUUCUGAAGUGUUGUGUUAUAUUUACGCCAGAUGUAACGAGAGACAUACCUUCCAAAAAGUUAAACUUUCCUCUCGUGAGUCCAUAGAAUAUUCUCCCAAAAGUCUUCAGGCUCAUCCAGAUUUUUUUUUUUUAAGUAAGAUGACCCUUUACAGUGGGCACAAAAAGUAUUCAGACCCCCUUAAAUGUUUCACUCUUUGUUAUAUUGCAGCCAUUUGCUAAAAUCAUUUAAGUUAAUUUUUUCCACUCAUUAAUGUACACACAGCACCCCAUAUUGACAUUAACAGAAUUGUUGAAUUUUUUUCAGAUUUAUUAGAAAAGAAAAAUGUCACACAGCCAUAAGUAUUCAGACCCUCAGUAUUUAGUAGAAGCACCCUUUUGAGUUAAUACGCCAUGAGUCUUUUUGGGAAUGAUGAUCCAGUUUUUUGCACCUAGAUUUGGGUAUCAUCUGCCAUUCCUCCUUACAGAUCCUCUCCAACUAUGCUCCCAUCUCCCGACUGCAUCUCUGGAGCUCAGCCACAGUGAUCUUUGGGUUCUUCUUUACCUCUCUCACUAGGGCUCUUCUCCCCAAAUUGCUCAGUUUGGCCGGACGGCCAGCUCUAGGAAGGGUUCUGGUCCUCCCAAACGUCUUCCAUUUAAGGAUUAUGGAGGCCACUGUGCUCUUAGGACCCUUAAGUGCAGCAGACAUUUUUUUGGAACCUUGGCCAGAUCUGUGCCUUGCCACAAUUCUGUCUCUGAGCUCUUCAGGCAGUUCCUUUGACCUCAUAAUUCUCAUUUGCUCUGACAUGCACUGUGAGCUGUAAGGUCUUAUAUAGACAGGUGUGUGGCUUUCCUAAUCAGGUCCAAUCAGUAUAAUCAAACACAGCUGGACUCCAAUGAAGGUGUAGAACCAUUUUAAGGAUGAUCAAAAGAAAUGAACAGCACCAGAGUUAAAUAUAUGAGUGUCACAGAAAAGGGUCUGAAUACUUAUGGCUGUGUGAAAUUUCAGUUUUUCUUUUUUAAUAAAUCUGCAAAAAAUUCAACAAUUUCUUUUUUUUCUGUCAAUAUGGCAAGCGAGGCCAGAUUUGAACCUGGGUCCUCAGAACUGUGAGACAGAUGUGCUAACCAGUCGUCCACCAUGCUGCCCCUUGUAAAUCCUUUGAGAUAAUAGUAAUAAUAAUUAAUAAUUAUUAAUAAUGAUUGGAUUUUUUUUUUAAGCAGUAAAUUUCAUAAUAACACAAAUCUUGAAGCUAUUCAGUCAUAGACUACUCAAAUAAAAUGAUGGGAAGUCAUUAUCACAAGUCAGUCAUACCAUUGGAAUAUGGAGGAAGAUGGAGAAACAGGAGGAGUGCUACAGAGUUGUCAGGUUCGUUACUUGCACCCUUAUUCUCUUUACAGAUGAGAGCAGGUUUACAUUGAGAAAUUGUGAUAGACAAGAGAAUCUAAAGAUUGUGAAGAACAUUCUGCUGCUACAACAUAGAUUAGCUUGUCCAGUUUGACGGUGAAUCAAUGAAGGUCUGGGAAGCCAUAUCCUUAGGGGGCUGCACAGUCCCAAAACUAGCCAGAGGUACACUGACUGCUGUUCGGUAGUAUGAUGAGAUCAUUUUACUGGAGCAGUGGGACCUUCCUCUUGUGGCUGGGGUGACAACAGUGUUGAUGCUAUUGACUGGCUCUUUGCCCAGACCUGAAUACAAUCGAGCCCCUCAAGGACAUAUAUUGUUUCAUCUACCACAUUCACACCCCACGAGAGAUUUUGCAAGAGCUGACUGACCUGAUGCCUCCAUGUUCAAUUUAAGAUCCCUCUGGAGACCAUCUCAUCACCAGGAACAUUCACAGGCACGUGUAAGUCAUAAACCUGACUGUGUCCAAUUAUGAGUUGUCUUGGGGCAAUUCACAGAGGUUGGAGCCGCCUUUGAAUUUGAGUAUGAUUCUGAAUCCAGUCCAGGUUUUCCCUUCAUUGUUUUGUUCUCAACCAAAUACUGUAGGUCUUUGUCAAUAUGUUGAAAAAAUGAAUGACAACAAAAUAAAAAAUAUAAAGUCCUGCAUUAAAGAUUUAGGACUCACUCUUUAUUGGCCCUGCCUUAGAACGAAAGGAAAAAAAGUGUGGUAUGGAAUCAAAGCAUCCCACGCGAUUGUUUACCCACCAUCCAAUUAGAAAACUUUACACACUGUCAGUCCCUUUAAUCAAUUCUUUGUAAUGAGUGAAGAACUAAGUGCCCUCAUCUGUCUUGGAAGUUGAGGCUGCAACAAGGUCAAGUUUUUCCUCCAUUGACAGUUGCAUAAGAAACCUGUUUGACAUUUCUCAAUUUUGAUUCCCUCAGUAAAUAGUAGCAGAAGUAUACAUUGGAUUUUGUGGCUGUGUGACAACUCUAAGAAGACAUCCAGGAAGAUUUAUGCACUCAUAUCAGUCACCAGCAGUGGUCAGAACCCACGAUUAAAUGUAAGUAUGAAUGCAGUGUCAGUUUGGCUUUACACGGAUUUAUACUAGCAGUGGUAUAAAGUAUGAAGCAGCAAAAAAGAUUAAAAUCACCUUUGUUGAGUGGAUUGCUCUGCACCAGCACGCUUUAAACUUGCCCACCACAAUUCAGAGAACUGAUAGUGAUCAAAUUUUUUUUUGCAAGGACAUACUUCCCAUACUGCAUGCAGGUCAAGCCAGGGUAUCUGUCAGCUUUGACUGCAAAUUGAUUCAGUACACAUAGAGAAAGGUCGGGGAUGGCUCUUAUAAUUGAAAGAAUAAAUUGAGGUGGAGAGCCAUGAUGCCCCAAUCAAUACAAGGACAGCUCAUGUUGCUGAGACAAGCAUUAUUGUAUCAUUAAAUACCACUUGCAUGACACAAAGAUCACUUGGGCUAAUCAGUCUGGGUGAGAAAAGCAAAAGACAACAGCUCAAAAACAAGACCCCUGGAGGCAUGACCUGACAUUCUGCUAUCAAAUUCUCGAAACCUAAUUUUAGUAGGUCAAAUGGCUCUCAAGCUGGUCAAAGUCUUCCUUUUUUAUGUCAAACUUCUUUUGAUGGAAGCUCCUUAUCUGAAUUAUCAUUAGUUAACGAUCUACAGGUCUUAUGUCUCAUAAAACCAAGUCGCUCUGAUUGAAUGACUUCCUUUCCUUAUAUGAAUGCUGAGAAUGUUUGCUCAUGGGUUUAGUCUGAUUUUGUUUCAUCUGUUUAAGGUACAAAUACAAUAGCCCCAGCUGUGUAAAUGUCAAAAUGACCCUCAAACCCCAUCAAACUGUCAUGGUCUGUGUUUUGGUUUGGGUUGUGUUUAGUUUUGUUCCAUGUUUUCCUGUGUUCCAUGUUUGUCGUGUGCUCAUUAAGUUGUUGUGUCCACCUGUUCUCGUCUACUUUGUCGACCAAUCAGCUCUCUCCAGCCACACGUGUCUUGUCCAGGUGUUCCUCGUUGUCUCGUCAAUUUGUUUGUAUUUAGUUCCCUGGUUUCUUUCAGUUCUUGUCGGUUCAUUGUCGUUGUCACAGGUCUUGCCAUGUCAUAGUCGCCAGUUGUUUUUAUCAUUGUGAUUAAAUAUUAUUAUUUUGAGAUUCCCGCACUCCUGCCUUGCCUCCCUGCUGCCCUGCAAUUGGGUCCACCAUGUUCUUGCCUUGUGUUCCUCGCCUUCGCCCUAACCACGUACAUGACAGAAUGAACCGACCAGAACAGGACCCAGCGGGAAGAACAUGGCGUCAGCCUGGACACCACCAAACUGCCUCCCACCGUUCUCAGCCUGCCAUCCAUACCUACCCUCCUCCAGCUGAGGAAGCGACUGCAGCGCCCGUUCCGGCUCCUCGGCAGCUGCGCCAGGCUCCCGUUCCGGCUCCUCGGCAGCUGCGCCAGGCUCCCAUUCCGGCUCCUCGGCAGCUGCGCCAGGCUCCCGUUCCGGCUCCUCGGCAGCUGCGCCAGGCUCACGUUCCGGCUCCUCGGAAGCUGCGCCAGGCUCCCGCUCCGGCGGCGCUCGUCCACCGGCCGCCACCCGUUCCCGCUCCGGCGGCGCUCGUCCAGUGGCCGCCACCCGUUCCUGCUCCGGCGGCGCUCGUCCAGCGGCCGCCACCCGUCCUUGCUCCGGCGGCGCUCGUCCAGCGGCCGCCACCCGUCCUUGCUCCGGCGGCGCUCGUCCAGCGGCCGCCACCCGUCCUUGCUCCGGCGGCGCUCGUCCAGCGGCCGCCACCCGUCCUUGCUCCGGCGGCGUUCGUCCAGCGGCCGCCACCCGACCCGCUCCGGCGGCGUUCGUCCAGCGGCCGCCACCCGACCCGCUCCGGCGGUGUUCGUCCAGCGGCCGCCACCCAACCCUAUUGCCUGGCCCCUGCAUUACCAUUGGGUUCGGCACCGUGGCCAUCCGCCUGAAUGGCCCUGUAAAGACCCUGGCGCUUGGCGUCCUGGACGACCUCCUGAACCGCUCAGCCAAGCACCUCACCUCGGGUGGCCUGGAUGGCCACCAGACUGACCUGACGGGUGGACUCUGUACCCUCCUCCAGGCCCCCUUCCGCCCACCCUGCGUUGGUGACUUUUUGGUUGUUGUUUGGGGAACGUCUGGGAUCCGUUCCUUUAGAGGGGGGUUACCGUCAUGGUCUGUGUUUUGGUUUGGGUUGUGUUUAGUUUUGUUCCAUGUUUUCCUGUGUUCCAUGUUUGUCGUGUGCUCAUUAGGUUGUUGUGUCCACCUGUUCUCGUCUACUUUGUGUCGACCAAUCAGCUCUCUCCAGCCACUCGUCUUGUGCAGGUGUUCCUUGUUGUCUCGUCAAUGUGUUUGUAUUUAGUUCCCUGGUUUCUUUCACUUCUUGUCGGUUCAUUGUCGUUGUCACAUGUCUUGCCAUGUCAUAGUCUCCAGUUGUUUUUAUCAUUGAUUAAAUAUUAUUAUUUUGAGAUUCCCGCACUCCUGCCUUGCUUCCCUGCAAUUGGGUCCACCAUGUUCUUGCCUUGCGUUCCUCGCCUUCGCCCUAACCACGUACGUGACACAAAUCACACUUUCUUUCCACAAUCACACUGCUCUCUGUUGCAGCUGCAUAUGAAGUAAAUACCCUCUGGCACAAAGUGUAAUAUUAUUUCCCCAAAAUGUCUUUUUUCCACCCAUAUUUCAAACACAAAAGGUUAAAGUUGUGUAUCAUAAUUCAGAACACGAAUUUUUUUUAAAAAAACCUGCAAUGUUGGUGACCGUAAACAAAAGUGCACUAUCAAAAUGUUAAAACAAUCAGCCCAACAUAUGAUCUUUCAUGUGUCUGCUUGAUGCUCCAACUGGAAAUAACAAUGUAGAACUACAGUACUUUAGGUAGCUAUGGGACUUACUGAGAUGGCUUUUAAGUAUGUACGUGCCUUUAUAUGUAAACACAGUGACACAGUUUAAACAAUCAGUAGCUCUUGCUCAGAUGACUAAAGAUGGAUUAAAAUUAUGUGACCUCUUUAUAGCAGACAAGUCAUCUUUUUGGGAUCCCAAAAAAAACAAAUGUGCCCGGAAUUUUUAGUCACUGUGCAUGCAGUUAUUGGACGGUCAACUAUUUCAUUUAAGACUGGCCUUGUUGUGUGAGAUCAGAUUUAUACGCGGGAAGUUGAGUUAUUUGUUUUGUUUUAAGGCCAAACAUUGACUGGAAAGGAUACAAUUAUUUUCCCAAAAGUAAUUUUCAGGUUAGCCUAUGCUCCUUGCCGUAGGCUAACUUUCAUUUUGCAAGCAAGACAAAUGUCUCCCUGAAGGCAGCUAUCUUUCCUUUGAGACUUCCCAACUAACAUUUUGUAAAUGACCUGAUUUUAGUUUGACAGUACGUCAAUGAAUGUUUACUUUAAAGAUAAUAAAUAGAAUAAAAAUAAUAAACAGGAUAAGACCAAUAAUACCAAAAUAAAUUGAUAGAAUGUGUAAAAAAACACAAAUUAAUAAAACGUGCAAUUAAAUUGCAGUAAUGUUGCAAAAGAAAAUGCAAAAAUGUGAAUAAAAUGAUAAAUUAAUCCAUCCAUUUUCUUAGCUGCUUCUCCUCACUAGGGUCGCAGGCGUGCUGGAGCCUAUUCCAGCUAUCAUCGGGCAGGAGCCGGGGUACACCCUGAACUGGUUGCCAGCCAAUCGCAGGGCACAUACAAACAAACAACCAUUCCCACCCACAUUCACACCUACGGGCAAUUUAAAGUUGUUAAUGAACCUACCACGCAUGUUUUUGGGAUGUGGGAAGAAACCGGAGUGCCCGGAGAAAACCCACGCAGGCACGGGGAAAACAUGCAAACUCCACACAGGCGGGGCCGGGGAUUGAACCCCGGUCCUCAGAACUGUGAGCCAGACGCUCUAACCGGUCGCCAAACAUGAUAAAUUAAUCCAUCCAUCAAUUUUCUGAGCCGCUUCUCCUCACUCGGGUCGAGGGCGUGCUGGAGCCUAUCCCAGCUGUCAUCGGGCAGGAGGCGGGGUACACCCUGAACUGGUUGCCAACCAAUCGCAGAUGAUAAGUUAAUAUACAAGAUAUUUAAAAUAAGCACUACACUCAAAAGGUGGGUCAGUUCCACCGCCAUAGGUCUGAGUUCCGACUCUAGGUAUAACUAAAAGGGUGGUACCAGAACACCUGACGGUCCGUAAGGAUUGAUAUAGAUCAGAGAAGAUCAGCUAAAUAAGAGAGCCCAAGACCAUGAAAUGUAUAAAUUUGUAAAAGAACCUUAAAAUCAAAACACACAGGGUGCAAUUACAGAGCAUAAUGUGCUAUCUCUUUCUGGUUCUCAUCCACAAAAGGGCUGCUUAAUUCUGCAGGAAUUGUAAAUUACUAGUAUUGCUUUUAGGAAGACCAGAGAAUAGAGCUUUGCAGUAAUCAUUGACGCUGCGCAUUACAUACAUUAGUGUUAGUGUCUUUUUUUAGUGAGAGAGAGAGAGGGAGAGAGAGAGAAACAGGCAGACUCUGGCAAUGUUAUUAUGUUCUUAAGGUAGUAUACCUAUACCAAUUUACACUGUGUUAUUGAAGUGUGCGAUGAAAUUUAACUCGGAGACAAAUAUUUCGGCCAGUUUUUUAACUUUGAUGUAGUUAAAAAGAAAGUUGGCAUAAUUUUCUCUCUCUCUGAGCUUCAGGACUGAUAACUAAAACUUUGCACAUUUUUCUAUGUAUGUAAGUGGAUUUUGCUGGCAAGCUACUCAUCAAGCAAUUUUCACUUCAUAAAAAAGAAAACUAUAUACCCUGGUAUUGAAUACAAUUACAACGGCUUGCUUGGCAUCAAAAUAAUGUUAUAUGGUGCAUGAAAUGUGGGCUGUUUAA